UUCCUUCCAUGCGUCGCGUUCGAAAUCAAUCGCGCCCCGUUUCUCGGAAGUGUCCAAAUGCGCAGUGCCGUCGGUUCCGCCAGAGUGGUACGAGAGGCCUGGACUGAACAUUUCUCCGAAGGAGGAAAAGAAAAUGGCGCAAGCACAAUCUGGUGAAUGGUCUACUACUGGCCGCUUCUCAACUUCGCCUUGCCGCCUGUUCCUCCUCGUCGUCUGCAAACCAUGUCCCCUUCGACACUGGUGGCCAUGCUGAUGGUGCUGGUGGCCUCUGCUUCCGUCUCAAUGGCCAACAUGGGCGAAAGCCAGAAGCCCAACAUGCCACACGUCUUCCAGAACGAGAAACAGCUCUCCCAGUACCUGCAGGCUCUCGACGACUACUACCUGUUGCUCGGAAAACCAAGGUUUGGGAGAAGUUUUCAAGACAGCUACGAGACCAGGCGAUGGAACCUGCCAUAUACGGAAUUCCUUCGAACAGUGUGACAUUCAACAGACACCGGAAGAAGAAACUGAGCCAUCCACGACGCCAAAUUAGGAACAAUAAAAUGAAUCAAUCAA